GGAAGACGGGAACCGGAUUUUUGUGGUAGUGGUGGGGUGGUUGGUGUGACACCCCCCAAUCCCACCUCCUCCUCCCCACUCUGUAUCCUCCAUCUCCCCCUCCUUCUUCUCCUCCCUCCGUUCCUCUCCCCCUCUAAGCUGGUCCCAUUCUUGAGGACUUGCUGGUGAAACGGGAGAAAUAAACAGACACCGAACGCAGAGGGAAAGGAUACAGGGUGUGAUAGUGUCUAGAAUUUAGGAUAUUCCUCCCUCCCCUCCCCCUCUCCGACUCUCCAUCUUCAUCCCAAGCCUUUUUGUUUUUAAUGGAUAGAAAUUAUCCUGGAACAGGAUUCGGAGAUUUGGGCGCUGGAACGGGAUGGAGUUACGAGAGAUCAGCAAAGGCAAGUCUGGUGUAUGGCAGCUCCAGGUCCUCUCAUCCCGAUGCAGAGCUUCUCCAUCGGCAGGCGUACGCCACACCACACCCCCUGCAGGGCUAUGCAACCAAUCAUCACCCGGGGAGCUCCGGACAGGGUGGAGCCUGGGGGGCGGCAGGGAGGAGCCUGGGUCUGUCAGGCCUGUUUGAUGCGGGGCUGCAUCACACCAGCCCCUCCGGCCCCGAUGCAUCCGUCAUGAACCUCAUAUCCGCCCUGGAGUCCCGUGGUCCGCAGCCCUCCCCCUCCGCCUCCUCGCUCCUCUCUCAGUUCCGAACCCCCUCCUGGCAGACCGCCAUGCAUGCCCCUGCCCCAGCCGAGCUCUUCAUCUCCGGUGCUCUGCCUGGUUCCGGAUCUUUCCCCACCUCCUCAGCGCUGUCAGCCUAUCAGCACCCUGCCUCGUUCUCCGGACGCUCCUUCCCAGGCAUGACCCCGUCUCUCACCCUCCAGGACACCCCCACCUUCAGCCCCACCUCCAACGGUCUCCUGUCGCCCCAUGACCCCCUUCUGCACAUCAAAUCCCCUUCUCAGUCCAGCCUGGGCUUCGACAGGCUGCUGUCCUCCCAGAGUGCUGCGGCAGCGGCGGCCUACAGAGGGUCCCAAGACCCGACCGGAGGGGCCUCUGCAUCCCAACAGGCUGCCAGCUCCUCGUCGGCACGCCACCAGUUCAACCUGCUGUCGUCCCAGUUGCAGGACCAGUCCCAGCUGUACAACAGCUCCAUGUUCUCCUCCACGCCGACCCCCCAGCCACCACCCAGCCAGGAGAGGGCCAUGCCCAGGCAGGAUAGUGUGAUCAAACACUACCAGCGCCCUUCCCCUGCCCAGUCCCAGCUCUCCUCCUCUGCGCCCCACCCCCUGCAGCACUACCUCAGUUGCGGGGGCGCCGGGGGCUACCAGCAGCAGAUGCCUCACCACAGGCAUGGCGGCAUGUCGUGUAGCCCCCUGGGCGACCAGAGUCCCACCUCAGAUCCCAAGCCUUCACCACGGUCUGACCAGGUGUACCGUCCCAUCAUCCAGCCCGCCUACACCUCCUCCGCCACCUCCUCAGCCUCCUCCACGGGUGGCUCAGGAGGCUCUGUUGCCAAAGGCAGCAAGAGCUCCAGCUCCAGUAGUGGAUACUCUUCCUCCGGUUCCUCCUCAUCCCGCACACCCCACACGCCCCACACGCCCCCCUCCGCUUCAUCCACCACCUCCUCCUCCUCCUCCUCCUCCAAUUCUAACCCCAACCCGUCCUCCGGCUCCUCAUCAGCUCCCUCUAGGCAGCAGCCGCCGCCUCAGUCAGCUCCUCCACCUCCUCCCCCUCCACCUCCCCCGGCACCUGUAUCCUCCGCUGCACCACAGCAGGCGCCCCCAAAACCUUGCCUGUCUGCGUACGGCUCUCCCGUUGCCCCAGUGAAACCUUCAGCUGGCUUACCUGGCCAGACACCGCCUCAGCAGCAGUCGCAGUCCUAUUCUCCGAGCCAUCCCCAAGCCUCUCACCUUCCCCAGCCAUACGGGGGCUUCAGUUCCCCCCAGGCCCAGGACCUGAGCUCAAACACUGUUGGUGGCGGGAAGGGUUACGGCUUAGGGGCGACAGGGAGAUCUUUCUCCGCAGAGGUGGUUUACGGGUCGGAGUCUGGGUACGGCUCUCUGCCCCCCUCGCUUGGAGGAGCAGGGAGUCCGUCGCUGAGCUUCGGUGGUCCGGGGCACUCUCCUGCACUCCUGGGCUCGGGCAGUGGAGUUGGUUCGGCUGGCAGUGGCACUGGGUCGGUGGGAGGCAACUCGGGAGGAGGGGGCUCAAGCGGGGGAAGUGUUGGGAGUGGAGGUGGAGGGAGCUCGUACCACCUUCCAGACUCCAGCCCAUCACCCUCCAAUGGAUCUGGCAUCAUACGCCCAGGCAUGCACUCUCCAGCGCCCAACCGUCCCGUCCAGUCCCCUGGAGGAUCUGGAAGUAACAAAUACCUUUCGUCCGUCCUUUCUCCACCAUUCCUGCCCUCCCCCCGUGGCUACCAAGACACCCGAGGUGCCCAAACUCAGCCCCAGUCGUAUCACCCUGGUCCACCAAAAUCUAAAUCCGACAACGACAUGCUUGGGGUGGACAGGCCCCAAGAGGACGAAGAUGAAGACGACGAUGACUUUUUAAUUCAGCACUUAUUACAUGCACAGAGCCCUUCACAGCACCAUGCACAGCCACCACCGCAGGUGUCUGCCCAGCAGCAGUCUCAACCACCACAGGCACCCCAGUCCAGGGAUGCCGCUAAAAGUCUAUCGGCCUACGAGCUAAGCAAGGCUUCUGAGGAGCGGUACCACCUCCAAAGCGUGAUCCGCACCAACAGUGCGACGAACAGCACAGCUCCGGGUGGCAGUGUGCCUGGAGGCCUGGAGAGCCAGCUGGAAAUGACUCUUAAAAAGCAGCAUCAACAGCAGCAGCAGCAGCACCAUCACCACCAACAGGUGAAAAGUGACCGAGCACUACAAGGCGCAGGGGCUGGAGGAGGUCGUGGGAACGCUGAUUCCCUCUCGCACUCUCACCCUCACGCACCUCACCCCCAUCCCCAUGACUCCUUGGGCUCCGUUGUCCACUAUGGACGUGGUGACCCUUAUUCGCACGUCCCCCACCCGCACAGCCAGCACAGCCACCACACGCCCCACACACAGCACUCCCAACACUCGCAGCACUCAGCACACCCCCACUCACUCUCGCAGGCUCACAUGGAGCUAAAGAAGGCGCCCGACCCCUCUGAUAUACCCUCCUAUCUGCGCAAGACCCCAGACCUGCAGCACCAGUCUCAGUCCAGUCUCUCGCUGAUGGACUCCCCUCCGGACCAGUCUCAGCAGUCCCAGCCAGCCCACUUGCUUCAGUCCGUCCUCUCCCAUACUACACGGAACAAGAUGGAGGCUCAACAAACCUCUCAACAGCAACAGCAGCAUUCAAUGAGUCAACAGGUGAUGAUGGGAGCAGCAGCUAGUUCAGGAGCUGGAGGUGUUGGGGGAGUGGACAGUCAGUCACAGGCCUCUCAACUUCAGCUCCAGCUCCAGCCACAGUCGUUAGAGUCCCACUACGGACGCGGAAGUCAAAGAGAUCAGAGCCAAACAAGUCAGAGCUCGGUGUCCUCUCUGGACAUGCUAGAACGUUCUCUAUCUAGAGCCAACAGUCGAGAAACAGCUGGAAGUGACAGAGGUGGCCAUGGAGGUAUGGGGACAGGAGAUGGAGGAAGCACUGACCACCACAGGCAGCAGCAGCAACACAGGAUGCCUGCGCAUCAUGCCUCCCAUCACCAACAGCAAGCUGCAUCUGACCUGCACGAUUUCCUCUCUGAGCCGGACCUUGGUUUGUCAGCUCCGUCCCACAUGCACCACAUGGCUUCCCAUCACCAACACCAACACAGCCACCUCUCCCAACAAGCCCAUCCUCACCACUCAGCUCAGCAACACCCGCACCACAUGCAAGCACCAUCUAGAGCCCCUCAGCCACAGACCCAAACGCAGUCCAGGGAUCCAGAACCACAGCUCUCCCAGAGCCAGCUAGAUCAGCUCAAAGAGCACCAGUUUGACACCACUAGCCCAGUGGGAAAGACCUCCCAGAGUCAGAGCCAGCAACAGCAGCAGAGGUUCAUGCCUUUGACGUCCAUCAGCUUCCCAGAUUCUUUGCUCCAGGAUGAAGACAGGUCAUUCUUCCCUGGCAUGGAGGACAUGUUUUGCUCUGAAGACUACAAGUCCAGUUGUGUAGGACCAAGCGCUGGCACAGCUGUCCCUGGAGGGCAUGAUAGCAUGUCUGAAGGGCGUGGACAGGUACAAGAUGGUAUGGAUCCUGUUAAAGCAGGUGUGGGAGGCAGCGGAUAUGACAUGAUGGGUCACCAUGGUGGAGACCAAGGGUAUGAGCAGUAUUGUCACGGCCUCUCAGAGUCUGGCAAUAACGCCAUGCAUCUGGACCUGGAUUCCUUAAAGACAGAUGAGCUUCCAUCCACUGUCAAUACCGAGCAACUGGGUUUGAUCCAGUCACAGACCCCUGGAAUGGGACUGGGAGGAGCAGCCCCUGGUGCAGACGGUUCUGCGAGCAAGAUGAUGCCUGGUGCUGGAGUAGGAGGCCCUGGGGGACUACAGUCCCCGAUCUUCUGUUCCUCUCGUCCGAAGAAGCUACUUAAAACCAGCUCCUUCCACCUGCUGAAACAACGCAGGGACCCCAAUGGUCAGGCACAGUCCAAGAAAACCUAUGCCCAGGAGUAUGAGUUUGAGGAUGACGAGGACAAAGCCAAUGUACCUGCCGAUAUACGACUGAACAGCCGGCGCCUUCCAGACCUGCUCCCUGACUUGGUGUCCAGCUGCCGGAAAUCUGGCGCUGGCUCUAGCAUGGACACACUGAGCCCCCUAAUGGGUGACCUUGACUUCUGCCAGUCUUCUGGAUUCUCCACCAUCGGUCCACCUCCUCAGCUCCUGCCACGCGAUGGCCCCAAGAAGCGAGGGAGGAAGCCCACCAAACCCAAACGCGAGGGUCCACCUCGGCCGAGGGGCCGUCCUCGGAUUCGUCCCCUCCCAGAGCCUCCGUACUUCAAGGGCAUCAUGGGACCUACAGGGGUUGAGACAGGCACAGGCACAGGCAGAGGCAGAGGCCGCGGACGAGGUAGGGGUCGGGGCAGGGGGAGGGGGGAGGAUCCCAUGCUGCAGAUGCACAGAGACAUGAGCAAACAGCAUCAGCAGCAUCAGCAGCAGCAACAGCACCAUCAGCACCAGCCACAACCACAACCCCAACAACAGCACCAGGAGCCUAUCCGGCCAAUUAAGAUCAAGCUGCCAAUCCCCUCCAUUCCUCCGUCAGAUGGCCUCCUCAGGACCGACUCUAUGUCAAGUUCUGAGCACUGUGAGCAGGUGCUGUCGGACGGCUCGCUGGGCUCAGCCCCCUCUCUGGGCCUCAGUCCUGGAGGGAGCCUGGACAUCAGCAGAGGCCAGGAGAAAAUGAAGCACAAAGUUUCAGAGAUGUCCUGGGAGAGAGACAUGGAUGAACAGAUGACCCCAGAGGCAUGGGCAGCUAUGCAGAAACUCUCCAGCGCGUCAGAGGAUAAGAACUCUGAGCUUCAAAAGGCCGGCUUCAUGGCCUCCUUCCUGGACUUCUUGAAGACGGGCAAGAAGCAGCAGCCGGCCCCUGACCUAGACCCCGAGGAGGAUGCCGCCUCUGUGAAGGGGGGCAUACGGCCUCUAUCUCCUCCACCGCCUCCACCACCCCCACCCCCGCCAGCCCCCUCGUUCGGGGAGGGCGAAGGGGAGGGAUCCCUGGGGCUCAGCAACUGCCCAAGUCCCUGCAAGCGCCUGGAUGAGGAGCUGAAGAGGAAUCUGGAGACGCUACCAUCGUUUUCCUCAGACGAGGAGGACUCGGUCAGCAAGAACCAGGACCUCCAGAAGAGCAUAUCUUCGGCCAUCUCAGCCCUCUAUGACACGCCCCACAGCCUACUGGCCGCCCCGCCCCCGCCCACGCCUUCCCCGCCCAGCCUGCAUGUGCAAGAGACCCCCUCCCCUGUCAACACCCCACCUCCCAUUCCAAUCAGCCCCGAGCCAGAACCUGAACUCGAACUCGAACCAGAGCCCGAACCGGAGCCUGAACUGGAGCCUGAGCCAGAGUUGGAACCUGAUCCUGUCACUCAAACGCCAGCUGAGCCAAUGGAGGUGGAGGAGGAGGAAGAUGAGGAGGAAGAAGAGGAGGAGGAAGAGCAGACACCACCUACACUGACAGCCACUGGGCAGAGCCCACAGCUGCAUGCUCCCACCCCAGAGCAUGAGCAGGCAGAGGAGCAGCAACAGCCACAGGAGACAACAGAGGUGGAAGAGGAGGAGGAGGAGGAGAGAGUGCAGGAAGAGGAGGAACAAGAGGAAGAAGAAGAGGAAGAGGUAGCAGAACUAGAGCCUGAGGUUGAACAACAGGAGCAAGAACCUGAGGAGGAAGAGGAGCAGGAGAGGUCCAGAGAGGAGGCACACGGGGAGGAGGAGGAGGAGCAGGAGGAGGAGGAGGAGGAGGAGGAAGUGGAGCAGAAAGAGACAGAGGAAGAGGAGAUGGAAGAGGAGGCCGAGUAUGAGAUGCUUGGACAACCUAAAGUGGAAGGUUCUCCAUCAGAAGCGGCUCCAGCUCUGUCCCAGCCCUCGCCCUCAUGUCUUUCACCCUCUCCCCCCACGUCCUCGUCUCCCUCCCCGCUUCCUCCUCCCCCACUCUCCCUCCCCUCUCCUCCUCGACUACAAGAGGAUGAUGAUGAUGACGACGAGGAAGAGGUGGUUCCUCUGCCCCAGAUUCCCGAUGACGAUGAUGAGGAGGAGGAAGAACAAAAGAGGCACCAGGAGGAAGAGGAGCAACAGUCUCCCCCACCUCCUCGCAGUGCCUCCCCUCCCUCCCUCCCCUCGUGCCCCUCCCCUCUCGCCCCAGCGUCGGCCCCCGGCUCCCGUUCCCCCUCCCCCACCGCUGCCCAGGAGGAGGAAGAGGAGGAGGAGGAGGAAGAGGAGGAGGAGGAAGAGAUGAGCCCCGCAGCGCCCCCUACUCCCCCCACCCCCGAGGACGUGCCCUUGCGGAAGCUCACCUCGCUGCACCUGGCCAAGAAGCAGGCCGACGUCGCCAUCGUGGGGGAGAGUGAGGAGGACGACAGCGAGAGCGGUGGGGAGGGCAUCUUCAGGGAGCGCGACGAGUUUGUGGUGCGCUCCGAGGACAUACGGACUCUCAAGCUGGCCCUGCAGACUGGUCGUGAGCCGCCGCCCAUCUGGAGGGUGCAGAAGGCCCUGCUGCAGAAGUUCGCCCCCGAGAUCAAAGACGGACAGCGGCAGUUCUGUGCCACCAGUAAUUAUCUUGGAUAUUUCGGCGAUGCUAAGAUUCGCUACCAACGUCUGUAUGUGAAGUUUCUGGAGAAUGUGAAUAAGAAGGAUUACGUGCGGGUGUGUUCACGGAAGCCCUGGCAUCGCCCUGGACUCACAUUGCGCCGCCAAUCACUCCCAAAGGUGACACCUGUCACGCGCAGCCAAACUCCGCCCAGGGUGGAGCGGGACGACCGCGAGAAAGAGAGGCAGCGGGAGAAGGAGCAGAGAGAACAGAGGGAGAGAGAGAAAGAAAAAGAGAAACUGCAAGCGAAGGAGAGGGAACGGGAGAAAGAGAAGGAGAAACAGCAAGCAAGAGAGAGGGAGAAAGAGAAAGAGAAAGAGAAAGAAAAACAGCAGGAGAGGGAAAGAGAGAAGGAGAAACAAGAAAAAGAAAAGGAAAAAGAGCAAGAGAAAGAGAGGGAGAAAGAGAGAGAAAGGGAGAAGGAGAGGGAGGAGAGAGAGAGGGAGAAAGAAAGAGAGAGAGAGGAGAAACAACUCGAGAAAGAGAGAGAGAAGGAGAGGGAGAGAGAGAAACAAAAAGAGCGAGAACGAGAGAAGGAACGAGAGCAAAGGGAGCUGAGGGAAAAGAAGGAGAGAGAGCAGAAGGAAAAAGAGAAGAAAGAGAAAGAGCAGAAAGAGAGGGAGAGGAGAGAAAAGGAACAGAGGGAGAAGGAGAGGAGAGAAAAGGAACAGAAAGAAAAGGAGAGGAAAGAGAAGGAGCAGAAGGAGAAAGAGCAGAGAGAGAAAGAACGCAAGGAGAAGGAGAGAGAGAAGGAGAGAGAGCGAGAGCACAAGGAGAGAGAGAGGAGAGAAAGGGAAAAGGAGAGGGAGAGGGAGAAACAGAAGGAGAGGGAACAGCGGGAAAGAGAGAGAAAAGAGAAGGAGAGAGAAAGGGAACAACGGGAGAAAGAGAGGAAGGAGAAGGAGAGAGAACGAGAGCAGCGGGAACGAGAGAGGAAAGAAAAGGAGAGGGAGCAGCGGGAGCGAGAGAGAAAAGAGAAGGAGCAACGGGAGAGAGACCGCCGGGAAAAGGAGAGAGAGAAGGAGCGGGAGAGGAGAGAGAAAGAGAAAGAGAGGGAACGAGAGAGGGAGCGGGAGAAAGAACGACAGCACCAAGAGCGGGAGCGACAGAAGGAGAAGGAGAAACAAGAAAGGAAACUCCAGCAAGAGAAGAUGGAGAGACGAGGAGGAGGGGGAGGAGGAGGAGGAUCACUCCCGGUGGAGCGAGAGAGGAGGAAAAGAGAGGAUGACAAGAGAGGAGGAGGAGGAGGAGGAGGAGGAGAGAAGAAGGCGGACAGGGGUUCGAGGGUGCGUCCGGUGAAGCCUGUGAAGGCCGAGCCUCCUCCUAAGAAGAGGAAGAAGUGGCUGAAGGAGGUGGCCUCAGACUCCGACUCCGACUCCUCUCAAGACCCCCACAGCGAGGACGAAGCAGCCGUACUGGUGCGUGGGAUGAACAACCGUGCCAUGCGAGAGGUGUUCCGCAGCUACGUGGAGAUGCUGGUCAGCACAGCACUGGACCCAGACAUGAUCCAAGCCCUGGAGGACACCAACGAUGAGCUGUAUCUCCCGCCCAUGAGGAAGAUUGACAGCAUCCUCAACGAACAGAAGAGGAGACUGCUGAGGAGGAUCAACCUGAGCUCGCAACACCAGGAGGCUCUGCACACCUUCCCCCAGAUGACAGCUGAUCAACUGGACUCUGGAGCCGUGCGUCUUCAUCUGGCUGGAGAGGGCUACAACCGCAAAACCCUGAACCGUGUCAAGAGGAGCUUUCCUAAGCAGCAGGACCUGAAGUUGUCCACAGAGAGCUGCAGGAUGUACAGUCUCUACCACUCGCUCCACCAUUACAAGUACCACACCUUCCUGCACUGCAAGAAAGAGACGGACAGUAUAGAGCAGGCUGCUGAGGACCCGGGGCAGGAGGAGGUGGUGCAGCAGUGCAUGGCCAACCAGGGCUGGCUUGAGACGCUCUUCAACUCCUUCCUGGACCUCCUCACGCUCAGCGCCAAGGCAUAAGCAACAUGGACGCACACAGUAUAUACAUGUAUAUAUGUCCAUGGCAUGAACAUGGAGGCAUACACACAUGUAUGUCUAUGGCAAGAUCAUGGACACAUACAGUAUAUACAUGUGUGUAUGUCUAUGGCAUAAACAUGGAUGGAUACGGUAUAUACAUGUAUAUAUGUCUAUGACCUUACCGGCGUGACCUUCAGCACCAGAGCAUAAAAACAUGGAUGCAUACGGUAUAUACUUGUAUGUAUGUCUAUGGUGUACAGGCCUUGAUCUUCAUUGCCAAGGCUUAAACAUGGACAUAUAUAUGUAUAUAGUGUAUGUGUAUGGGCUCUAGGACAAAAGCCCAGGGGAAGAGGACUGAACCAUCUCACAGCCUUAUGCCUGGACAGGGGAGGACAGGACAGCCGGACAGGUCCAUUCUCCUCACCAUGGGGUGGAUGCACUCUGCCGGACUUCAUGAAGAGAUUUAACAUUGAUGUGAAAAGCAUUUUUUUUUUGUGAAGGCUUAGUUUGCUUGUUUGUUUUUAUAAACAUUGCUGACAUUUUCAUCAGUGGAUGAUGAGGAGAUAAAGGAGAGACAGAAAAGAAGGAUAGAAGCAUUGGAGGGAUGAAAGCGUGUGGAGAACACCUGCGGAAAAUGUAGACGGCCUAGACGUUGGAAGAACUGUGGACAGCCGACUACAACAUCAGACAGUCGUGUUCUGAGCAAAACAUAUCCUCUUAAAUAUAUAAAUAUGUAUGAUCAACAAUUAUGAUUUGUAUUAUUUAUACCUGGACAUUUUUAUGAAGGAAUUCCCUCUAGACGGGGCAAUUUGAUGUUAUUGUUUUAAAUAAUGAUGUUUUAAUGGGUGUGCUCAUGAAAUGGCUCGCCCUUCAAUUCUCUAUUCCUCCUGUGCCCAAGGCUCAAAGAUUCGAGAAGAGAAGAAAAAAAAAAAAGAUCUUGUGGCAGGGCACACUGACGGGGGUGUGGCUUAAAAAGAGUGUCUGAUGUCAUUUUUUAUGUCUCCAUUCUGAAGAAAAAGAGGAAGGAGAAAUGUAUUUAAGCUAAAUAAUGUGUUCUUUCCGUUCUUCAAAAGACUAUGAGAGAAGAAAAAAAAUGAAGU